AGUUGCAUUGCACCAAAGGUUCCAAUUUUUCGUUGGCAGAGCAUAACGACAUACCAGGACUCUCUCUGUUUCCUUUAUCCCUCUCUCUUCUUCUAUUUCUGUCAUCACGCGUGAUUCAGAUCCAUUUCUCACAAUGCAACUCCCAUAACACUCUUCACUGAUUACUUCGUCACUGUUUCUAUUGCGCAACAACAACAUCUGUGAUGUCGAGGAGACCGGGGAAUCCUUCUCGAAGGUUCGGGGACAGUUCCAAAUCUAGGUCCUCGCCGAUUUUGUCCGUUGGCCUCAUAGUCUUGGGAAGUUUGUUUCUCAUUGCGUAUUUUUAUAGGGGCUCAGGUGGAUUGGGGAGCCAUUUGGAUUCUGUAAGCAGGGUUGAAGCAGGUGAUUAUUUGUGCAGUGGAGAGGUCCAGCGAGCAAUUCCCAUUUUACAGAAAGCAUAUGGAGAUAGCAUGCAUAAAGUAUUGCAUGUUGGUCCUGAUACUUGCUAUGUGGUCUCUAAAUUGCUAAAGGAGGACGAAACCGAAGCCUGGGGUAUAGAACCAUACGAUAUAGAGGAUGCUGAUAGUAAUUGCAAAUCACUUAUCCGUAGAGGCAGCGUGCGCGUGGCUGAUAUCAAGUUUCCUCUACCAUAUAGGCCAAAGUCUUUCUCUCUUGUAAUUGUUUCAGAUACUCUGGAUUACCUAUCUCCCAGAUACCUCAAUAAAACUCUUCCAGAUUUGGUGAGGGUAUCAGCUGAUGGUUUAGUGAUAUUUACUGGUUUUCCCACUAAUCAAAAGGCCAAGGUAGCAGAUGUUUCUAAAUUUGGAAGAGCGGCCAAGAUGAGGAGUUCAUCCUGGUGGGUCAAGUAUUUCCUUCAGACCAACUUGGAAGAAAAUGAAGCUGCUUAUAAGAAGUUUGAGCAAGCCUCAACAAAGAGUUCAUAUGUUCCCAAAUGCCAGAUAUUCCACCUGAAGUCACUCCAUUGACUUGUGAGAUGAUUAAUUGCAUGUUUGGAUCAGCUCCUCUCACCAUAGAAUCAAUUCUGAAAAUCAAAGGCUACUUAAAGAAGCUUCUUCUCAGAAUUGAUUCUGACUUUAGAAUCAAUUGUAGAAGGAUUUCCGAACAUGCACUGAACAUGUAGCAUUGGAGUUCUCGUAGCUACUUCUCCAUGUUCAUCUAAAACAUUUUUCUACUAUAAGGGUAAUUUAAUUCUUUGAAAUAUACUCAGCCAUAGAUGGUGUAUGACUUUUGUUGUUGCUUGAAAUAGAUAUCUAUUCUUUCAAAUACCAGUCCUUGGCGGCAAGGGACAAAUCCAUUUGGUAUUUAACUAAGUUAUCAAGUUGCAUUUAGCAUUUAGGUGAUCUAUAAGAAAAGGGGCAGUGAUUGUUGUACUAAAGUAAUUCUCCUUUUUUGUUUUAUUUUUCUGAUAUAAAUUAAUUUCCCUGUAUUGGUACACCA